CCCGACCUCCAUCUUGCGAUAAUUUAACAGUGGCGCAUGCUCAAUACAAAAGAAGUCGACAAUGAUAACAAAAAAAUAUUCUCUUUCUUCUGGUUCCGUUUUUACUCGUGUUGACACCGUGAUUAUUUAGAGGGAUGACCAUUCUGUUUCUGGAGAUAUUCGUUGGACCGCCAUGCUAACCCGCUCGAAUGAUCAGCUCUAGUUUACGAGAAUGUAUCACGGUUCAACGACCACAUUCAUUCUACGAGAAACAUUAAUACAUUAGGAUUUGGAACAGUUUACCGUGGAUAUUUCCUCAUGUUUCUUUAUAUAUGGCGGCCCUACUUUUAUAUUUUGUCGCUGUGUGUACGAUAAUUGUGCUGGAUUUGCCCGUUCAAGGGAUAGAGGUUGGGUUGGCCAUAGACACUGGGAUCGGGGUGCUAAACCGCCAAGACAGCCAGCAUGUGAUCGCACAGAAGAAUUGGAAGUUACUUCUUAACUGUUCAGUGACGUCCAGUCCCAGAUAUGGUCUACCUACAAUAACCUGGUUGAAAAACGGGGUUCCCCUCAACCUCGACAACCGGAUAUCCAAAACCACCAAUGGCUCACUUUUCUUUCGGAAAGUGGUCAACAAACGGAAGAGAAACAUUACGGACGAAGGUCUGUACGACUGUCUCGCCUCUAACUCCAAAGGAACGGUGCUGGCUCGUCGCGUCAAACUGGAAAUCAGUGGAAUUUCUGGGAAAUUUUCCAGGCAGCCUGAGGAUGAGACGGUAGAAGAAGGGGCAGUCGCACGAUUUCAAUGUAACAUCCGGGCCUCUCCCCCGCCACUGUAUACCUGGCUUAAAGAUGACGAACAUCUCAACAAUGAUGACAGACAUAUUAUCAUAUCUACGGGUAUUCUACAAAUCUUGGACGUAAAUGCGGUCGAUGCUGGUCAGUACUGGUGUAAGGCCACACCAGGGAAACUCCACGAUCUCCCUGACCAAGUGGACAGCAUCAAGUGGAAAAAGAGCAGUCCAGCCACGCUCACUGUCAACCCAGGAACAGGCAGACGACGUCUUGCAAUAAAAUCUGGACCUGUCAACACUACUGUACAGGAGGGUCAGUCUGUGGUACUAGAAUGCCUGGUGGACGGUUAUCCUAAACCUCAAGUCACAUGGGAGAGAGAUGACGGUUCAGACGUAACCAUGGCAGCUGUAAAGUAUGGUUUCUCUAACCUGAAGAUUCUCCAGGCGACGUCAGCACAUUCUGGUAUCUACAUUUGUAGAGCUAGAAGUGGAGGGAAAGACUGUGUCCGCCCGAGCGACACUCUCUGUACACAUUUUGAUGCAUCACAGGUUGGCCUGAAUAAAGAGGUCAGGCGUAGGAAGAAACUCGAUUAUCACUUGUUCACCGGUAUUGGUGGUGUCCUGCUGGCUCGCCCGGUGAUCACCCAACCUCCCCAAAGUGUGCAGUAUGUGCCAGCCCAUAGUACGAGGUUUGAGUGUGCUGUCGAGGGUAAUCCACGCCCACAGGUUCAGUGGCUGAGAAACGGAACAAAAAUCAUGGCAGCUGCUAACCACCAGAUCAAAGAAAACAACGAUCUGGUAAUCACGGGGACGGUGCCACAGGAUUCUGGGUACUAUCAGUGUGUCGUUGAGAAUGUUGUCGACUAUGACAUGAGGAUCGCCAGACUGGAGAUUAAACCAAUAAAAACGGCACCACUACCACCACAAGGAUUACAUGUCCAGGUGCUGUCAGCCACGUCCAUGGUUAUCGCCUGGGAGUCCAACAGUCAGCGACCAGUGUUAGCCUACUCCCUCAACAUCGUCAAUCGUGACACUGGCGAGAAGCUGAACACCAAUGUUAUCCAGGGCAUACACAAUGAAAGAGUAGACCACUUGUCACCUGCCACCACUUACGAGAUCUCCGUGCGUGCCUACAAUAAAAAUGGUGCAAGUGCAUUUUCGGAUGUGGAAGUCGUCACUACCUUCGAAAAGGAACCGUCGGUUGCACCAAUGAUUCGUAUCACCAAGACAACAUCUACCAGCAUUACACUGGAGUGGGACGAGUUGCCACGGAAACAGAGAAACGGAGUGAUCGUCGGCUACAAAGUGUUUUACCAGAAGGAUGGGGAGACUGCUAUCAGGACGGAUGAAGAUAAUAACGGAGACAGUCGUUCUUUUAUCAUCAAAGGACUGGAGCCAAACACAGAGUACAACGUCCGCAUGUUGGCGCGGACAAGUAUAGGGUAUCCGAAUCUAAAGGAGGACCGCUGGCCCUGGGUUCAUGACAAGACACAGCCUCAGUCCCGCCAGAAUGAUUCUGUACCUGACCCGCCUACCCUGACGGUGAUAUCACUUAACGCCUCGUCUGUAAAUAUAACGUGGCAUCAGGACGUGCCACGAGUCCCCUGUCACCAUGUAUUGAAUGAGACUUUCUACCAAGUUUCACUUACGGCUUCUAACCAAUUUGGGGAAUCUGGCGCGGUGAUCGAGGAGUUUCUUACGUCUGAGAAUCCUCCCCCACCUGCUCCGGUGAACCUCCACGCGACUUUUCUGGCCUCGCGCGAAAUCAGUGUGGAAUGGUCACAACCAGAAUUCUCCCUGGACAUCCUGUCGUACCGUGUCCAGUAUCGGCCGGACAGAGGGAGUUCAGCCAGAGAAUCAUUUAUCAUCACUGACACGACCCGGGCAGCCAUAGUGGACUUGAUGCCGUAUACCUACUAUUACAUAGAGGUUCAAGCUUCGGCCAGAUCAAGGAAAAGCAAAUUCAGCAAGUCCAUCUUGUUACGUACACAAGAAGAUGAAAUUCAUCUCCCACUCAACUCCCUAGGGAGUGAUCUCCUGGAAACUUAUCUCCCACUCAACUCCCUAGGGAGUGAUCUCCUGGAAAUUCAUCUCCCACUCAACUCCCUAGGGAGUGAUCUCCUGGAAAUUCAUCUCCCACUCAACUCCAUAGGGAGUGAUCUCCUGGAAACUCAUCUCCCACUCAACUCCCUAGGGAGUGAUCUCCUGGAAAUUCAUCUCCCACUCAACUCCCUAGGGAGUGAUCUCCUGGAAAUUCAUCUCCCACUCAACUCCCUAGGGAGUGAUCUCCUGGAAAUUCAUCUCCCACUCAACUCCCUAGGGAGUGAUCUCCUGGAAAUGAAAGACCCAGGGACAAAGCAUGGAAACGUGGGCUCGGCUCUUGUCCAUUGGGAUAUUCCCAAGUUUCCGAAUGGGAAUAUCACCACCUACAUCGUUCGGUACAGGAGUCAGACGGAAAAUAAUUGGAAAUUGAUCAGGGUCAACGGUUCUCAGAAUGUGGCUCAUAUUGACAACCUCAAACCUGGACUCUACAACGUCGAGGUUACAGCAUGUACGAGUGCCGGACAGGGCCCGAGGUCUAAAAAUAGCAUCCACAUCAUAGGUGUUGGGGAACAAAGCACAGCGAAACCAGUGAAGGGAAGCCCUCAUUCACAGCAACUCGGCAUCAUUCUGGGGAUCACGAUUGGAGUCGUGUGUAUCAUCAUCUGUAUUCUUAUCAUACUGCUCCGCAACAAAUGCUUCAAUAAUCCACCACCUGGGCAUCCACAUGUACAGGCAGUCCGUUUCCAUGGCAACGGUCAUGUACCAGGUCAGCGUAACGGGCACGCUGUUCCGGUGUCGGACAGGGAGAUGGACCCCUACACCCCAAUGCUUGAUGGACACUAUGAAAAUCACUUGCUAGAUUCAAAGGGAUGUGGCAGUGGCAACAUAAUCGUGACUCCCAAUGGAACCAGAGUGAACGGAUAUGUGCCAUUCUCAAACGGAUUACGUAACGGUCAUCUUCAUAAUGGUCAUGUGACCACGGUCAUCGGUUACCAGAAUCAGCAGGAGGAAACGCGCGGAUUGAUCGCUGCCAUGCUAGCAAACGAUGGAAAUGCUGUGACAGAGGAUCUGAGUCAUCUGUACAAACUGAGUAGUCCUGACAAGACAUCACUUGAUGACAUUGAUAAAAGUAUCAGUGGAACUGACUCGGACCAGAACACUUCCACUGGAUCGGCUGACCUACCUCCGAUUGCUUGUUGUCUUGACGAUGGGACCACAGCGUGUUGCCAUGACGACGACAGUGGUUGCCAUGGGGACAACAGUAGUUGUCCACUGGUCGGGACUUAUCCUCAUGAGGAGGAGGAAGAGAAUGUGGCACAAGUGCGACCUCCGCUGGAGGUCGACACACAACAGGGAGUGCGUCCCCCUGACCCAUCCUGUCACCACCAGAGGGCAGCAUCAAGUCCUGAUCAUCACAUGGAAGAAGAGGGGCAGGCUUACAGCUACACCCCUCGCGCGCAGCUACCUCCACGGGCCAUGCCCACAACCUCUGCUUUCUCCGAUGGAGAACAUUACAGGAAUCAAUCUUCUACCUCAGUGAGCCCCCAGCAUCUUGCGAAUUCUACCUCAACUAGAACGGGCGCAGGGGAUACGGACAUUACAAGUGCCCCGGUGACCGGGAUGGGGUCCUCCGAAAUGGCUCCUCAGGGGACACCUACCUCAGGGAAAGGCAGUCCUAAUGUGACACCUACCCAUGAGAAUACCUCUUCUUUUCAACCUAACAACCUCGCACCGUCGGUGGCGGUGACCGUCGUACGGGGAAACGACAAUCAGUCACGUCCGUUGCGCGUCCAGGGCAGUUCAUCCUCGAGCCCUCGUGUCCCUGGGGUCAGGGGGUCGUAUCAGCAGCCUCCCCCUCCCCCUUACCCUGGUCCCCGGGACCUAGCAAUGCAUCGUUUACCUCAGGAUUCACUCAGGCGAGACCACAACUCGGUGGCAGCAGGGCGACAGGAUGUUGCCGUCUAAGUGUUUAACUCCGCAUACUAGAAAGUGAAAUAUGUUUGUGAUUUUUUUUCUUAGUGUUCAGACAAACUUUAUGGAAAUAUGGGUUUUACGAUACUAACUUACAAAAUGUUGUUUUCGUACGGAGAGCUGCUGUGUUGUGAUUAGAUGGAGAAGACAAUGAUCUGUAGGGGCCUGGAGUGUUGAGCAGGUUGAAUACUUGAUGGAGGGAUCAAAUAUUCAAAGUGAGAUAAUUAGUGUUGGGAUUUUCCCGACUACGUGGCGAUGUCUCCAGGCUCACUGAAUCUAUUGAACCAUCUGUAUAAAAGAGUUACAGCUCGAGUGUGGAUAUCAUCACGACUAUCAGAGACUUACAAAUCCACGAAUGCGAGAUCACCAAUCUGCAGCUUAUUGUAAUGAAAACAAAACAAAUUUGAUAUUCGGAAAAAUGCGGGUACUUCUGUUUCCUCCAAAUAUGUUUAUGAUCUUAUUUACACUGUUGUUGCUAUGGUUACGGUAGAAUGUGGACGGCAUUACCAAAACCAAAUUUUUAUUCAAGAUUACCUCUUUUUAAAGUGAAUGGCGUUGUUUAUAUAUAUCUAUAUAUAUAUGUGUAUCAUCUCGGUGACAUGUUUUUUGUACAUAACUUAGAGACAGACAGGGACUGCAGUGACAUUAUCAGGAGUUUCCAUGGUAAUGCCAUUUAAAAAAAAUACUAUAUUAUGAAUUGAUUGUAUGUGUACAUACGUGAACCUCAGGGUACGAGGGAGGGAAGUGGUGCUCUGGAGAAUGCUGUGACCUUGAGGCGGGGGUCAAGGUCACUGUUUCCGCCUCCCGAGGUUAGUGAGUGAAAGGCGGGAACAAUCAAUAUUGUUUUCAAUGCUGAACUGGAAAGCAAAAUGGUGUUGUACACACCAUAGGGAAAAGUGAGCAGACAUUUCGGAAGACCAAAUGGCAGCAAAACUGUGUCUGAGUUUUUUAAACAAGCCCGUCUGAUGGAUUCAAAAAGGCAGGAUGUGUUUGAUUAGCCCACAAAGGAAGUGUUAAAAUAGGUGUUAUUUCGGCCCCUCUUCAUGUUAUGCUGCCAGUAGGGAAAGAAAUGGUUGCUUUUUUUCGUGCUACAAGAUGUUAAAAUUUACUGUCUGCUGAAUGCAGCAUUCUCCAGGGAAUGGUUGCCAAAAUAAUGGAAUGUUCAGAGUUAAGGAAAGCAACAGGGAGAUAGUGCUGCUAUCAUUGUGGAUUAUAAAUAUAAACAGCGGAGGCUUUACGGCCGGAGGCUGUACGAUCGUUGGCUGUACACCCGGUAAAACAAGUAUGACCGACAACAUAAACAGGGAUGGCUUAUAUUAGUGAGAUUACAACAAGGAAGAUUUGAAACAGAAUCUGGUG